UAUUUCUUUGCACAUUACAUUCGUAAACACACAACAAGAGAGCACGUUGACAUCAGCCACCCACUUGUCAACAUGUCCCGACCAAUUACGUUUGUUACCGGCAAUGCUAAGAAACUGGAGGAAUUGGUGGCCAUACUGGGUCCCAACUUCCCCAGGCAAGUGAUAUCCAAGAAAAUCGAUUUACCCGAACUGCAGGGAGAAAUCGAUGAGAUUGCCAUUAAAAAGUGCAAAGAAGCCGCCCGUCAAGUUGAUGGACCCGUACUGGUUGAAGACACCUGUUUGUGCUUCAAUGCUCUGAAGAAUUUACCAGGUCCAUACAUAAAAUGGUUUUUGGAAAAACUGGAACCAGAAGGUUUACACAAACUCUUGACCGGUUGGGAAGAUAAGUUGGCAAAGGCCGUUUGUACAUUGGCAUUUUCUGAAGGUCAGGAUAGUGAACCCAUACUAUUUCAAGGUGUAACGGAAGGCACAAUUGUUGAACCACGUGGUCCCAGAGAUUUCGGCUGGGAUCCAAUUUUCCAACCCAAUGGCUAUAAUUUAACCUAUGCAGAGAUGCCAAAGGCGGAGAAGAAUAAAAUCUCACAUCGUUUCCGUGCCUUAGAUGCUCUACAAAGACAUUUUGUAGAGGGCAGCUCUAAAUGAAAGCCAAGUAUGAAAACGUAUUGACCAAAGUUUGACCUAAGAUGCUGUAAAUUGUGGAACUUUAAGAAAUAAAAUGUUUUUAAGAUGUUUAUAAAACAGAAAGUAAA